GCGGCAAGGGGCCGUGGUAGAGGUCGUGGGAGGACGUCCUCUAGAGGAAGAGGACGAGCACCGAGCCCAUCUGGUACUAGGGCGGUGACUCCUCCACCGACUGAGGAAGUAGUAAGAGAGGGGGAGGAUGGGGUGAAUGAGCAAGUACAGAAUGAGGAAAUGCUACCCCAACCUACCCCAGAGAUGAUCAAUCAGGUUCUGGCUUAUCUUAGCGGGUUAUCUGAUCAGGGCCAGACACCCCCAGUGUUUUCUGCACCAGCACCUCAGGCUCCGGAGGUACAACAUGCGGCUACUAUGGCUCCCCGCAUGGAUGUUCCAUUGGAAAUAAGCACAUUUCCUCGUCUGACUACAGGGCCUGUAAUGACAAAUGAUCAGCAUGAACUUUUCAGUAAGUUCUUGAAAUUGAAACCUCCAGUCUUCAAGGGUGCUGAAUCUGAGGAUGCUUACGAUUUUCUGGUCGACUGUCACGAGCUACUACACAAGAUGGGUAUAGUAGAACGGUUUGGUGUUGAGUUCGUGAGUUAUCAGUUUCAAGGAAAUGCCAAAAUGUGGCGGCGGUCACAUAUUGAGUGUCAACCAACAGAGGCACCACCUAUGACUUGGGCCUCAUUCUCUAGUUUGUUUAUGGAGAAGUAUAUCCCCCGAACUUUGAGGGAUAGGAAAAGGGAUGAGUUCUUGAGCCUAGAGCAAGGUAGGAUGUCGGUUGAUGCUUAUGAGGCUAGGUUUUGCGCACUAUCCAGAUAUGCCACUCAACUUUGUUUCAGUCCACAAGAGCGGAUUCGCCGGUUUGUGAAGGGGUUGAGAUCAGAGUUGCGGAUUUCGGCCUUACAGGUAGCGGCUACAGCAAAAUCCUUCCAAGAAGUGGUAGACUUCGUGAUAGAGGUGGAAGGAGUAAAGCCCGAUGACUUCGCCUCGACAUCGACAUCAAAAAGGUUUCGAAAAGGGGGUGAGUUUAAUGGUUCCUACUCUAGAGGACAGAGUUCCGGAGGUUACUCAGUUCGACCCAUUCAGUCGUCACUACAGACUGUAGUUGGGGGUCCACCUCAGACCGGCCAACACUUCUCUGAGAGACCUAUGCAUGAACCUAGAGAGUGCUAUGGAUGUGGGGAGAUUGGACAUAUUAAGAGAUAUUGUCCAAAACAGAGUUACAGACCUCCAAAUGUUAGAGGUAGAGGUAGUCAUGGUAGAGGCCGUUAUUCUGGAGGACGUGGUGGUCGAGGUAAUGGUGGUCACCAAAACGGUAGAGGUGAUGGGCAAACUGGAGCCCCUACAUCACAACAUGGUAGGGGCAACGGGCAAACAAACGAAAGGGCCCAUUGUUACGCUUUCCCUGGGCGGUCUGAAGCGGAGGCAUCCGAUGCUGUCAUCACAGGUAAUCUUCUGGUUUGUGAUUGCAUGGCUUCCGUAUUGUUUGAUCCUGGAUCCACAUUUUCUUAUGUAUCUUCCUCGUUUGCUAAUGGUCUAAAUUUACAUUGUGAAUUACUUGAUAUGCCUAUUCGUGUUUCUACUCCGGUGGGUGAGUCUGUGGUAGUUGAAAAGGUAUAUAGGUCUUGUUUGGUGAACUCUGUGGGGAGCAACACUUAUGUAGAUUUGGUUAUCUUAGAAAUGGAUGAUUUUGAUGUAAUUCUGGGUAUGACUUGGCUUUCUCCGCAAUUUGCGAUCUUGGAUUGUAAUGCUAAAACGGUGACGUUAGCCAAGCCUGAGACAGAUCCGUUAGUGUGGGAGGGUGCCUACACUUCCAAUCCGGUGCGUAUCAUCUCCUUUCUUCGUGAUAAGAAAAUGAUUAGUAAAGGGUGUUUAGCUUUCUUGGCACAUCUCAAGGAUGACACUACCCAAGUACCUUCGAUUGAGUCGGUUUCGGUGGUCCGUGAGUUUCUAGAUGUGUUCCCUGCAGAUCUUCCUGGUAUGCCACCAGAUAGGGAUAUCGAUUUCUGUAUUGAUCUUGAACCGGGUACUCGCCCCAUUUCUAUACCCCCUUAUAGAAUGGCUCCCGCGGAGUUAAGAGGGUUAAAGGCACAACUUCAAGAGUUAUUGAACAAAGGCUUCAUUAGACCAAGUGCAUCCCCUUGGGGUGCUCCGGUUUUGUUUGUGAAGAAGAAGGAUGGGAGUUUUCGAAUGUGUAUAGACUACAGACAACUAAACAAGGUAACCAUAAAGAACAAGUAUCCUCUUCCUCGCAUUGAUGACUUGUUCGAUCAGUUACAAGGUGCUUGUGUCUUCUCUAAGAUUGACUUGAGAUCCGGUUAUCAUCAAUUGAAAAUACGGGCAACGGAUGUGCCAAAGACUGCUUUUCGAACGAGGUAUGGGCAUUACGAAUUUGUGGUGAUGUCCUUUGGUCUUACGAAUGCCCCUGCUACGUUCAUGAGCUUGAUGAACGGGAUUUUUAAGCCAUAUUUGGACCUCUUCAUGAUCGUAUUUAUUGAUGAUAUAUUGGUAUACUCAAAGAGCAAGGAGGAACAUGAAGAGCAUUUAAGAAUGGUAUUAGAAAUGUUGAGGGAGAAAAAGCUUUAUGCCAAGUUCUCUAAGUGUGAGUUUUGGAUAGAUGCAGUGUCCUUCUUGGGGCACGUGGUUUCUAAGGAAGGAGUGAUGGUGAAUCCUUCUAAGAUUGAGACACAAACGUGCCGUCGUCUUCGACUCAACAGUAAUUCAAGUCAGUCUUACUACAUCGGAAAUUCAGGGUGA